UGCAAGUUAUUAUAAUAUGCUUUGUUAAAAUUAAUUUAAUCGUAAUGACAAUAAAUAGACAAAUGCCGCUUAAUUGAAUUCUGUUAUUGUAUACUGGAAUUAGGUGAUUGUUGAAUAAUUAGGUUGAAAUCGCUUUUCUCUACGCGCCAAUAUACGACUAAUGAGCCAAAAGAAGCUCGGCUAAUUAUCAUUUGAAAUCACUAUAAAUACAAACCGCAAUUAUGGAUUUUUCACAACGAUUCAAAAAUCCAUCAUGAACACUUGCCAAAUCAUUUUUCUAUCUGUGAUAAUCGCCGCUUCGGCGGAGGAAACUCCCCGCUGGACAGGCCCUUUCGCCGAUCACAAACUCGGACAGUUGGUGCAAGACACUCCAGAAGUCGCCGCUGCGAAAAUCCAUCAUGCUCAAGCUCACACCGAAAUCCGGGCUAUCUUACCGGAAUUGCCACCGGAAGACACUGUUGAAGAGGAACUGACCGUUCCUGUGAUUCCCGAAGCUCGACAUGUGCUUCCUGAAAUUCCCCAAUCACGACCAGUUGUUCGCGUUGACCAUGUUCCUCAGGUUGAGCCUCAUUUUGAGCAAUCCAAAACUGGACAGGUGCCUCAGCAGCUUGCCGAAGAGAUUCCCCGGAGUCCCCUUGGCGAAGUUCCGGAAGUAGAAGCUGCGAGAAAGGCGCAUCUCAAGGCUAUUUUGGAAGCUGUUGCUUUGAAUCAGCGGUUAGGAGGUGAUGAACCGUCCACUUUCCGUCCUCAUACUCAACCUUUGGGUCGGAGGAACGCUCUUUUUCCUCUGGGCGUUUUGAGACAUUAGA